AUGGCUUCUGCUUCUCUAUCAACUCCCCAGUUGCCAACUCUUCAAUCUGUUCCCAGGGCAAGGGGCAGUGCUCAGAAAUUAGGAAGCCUGUCAGCCAUUAGCGGAAAGAUUAGAUUCGUGCCGAAGAUCGCGAUCGUGGAGGCAGGAAGAGGGUUCGGCCCGAUUCUGAGUCGCUCCGGGAAUCAAAUAUCGUGCUCCGUCGCUGAGCCGGAGACUCUGAAAACAGUCCAAGGCAUCAUAGCCAAGCAGCUCUCUGUCGAUGAAAGCACUGUCGCUCCAGGGACCAAGUUCAUCGAUUUGGGCGCCGAUUCUCUCGACACGGUGGAGAUCAUUAUGGCUUUGGAAGAGACGUUCGGAGUUUCAAUAGGCGAAGGGGGAGCAGAGAACAUCGCUACUGUCCAGGAUGCAAGCUGAUUUGAUAGAGAAAGUGAAGGCAGGCUCAGCUUAAGCCAAUAAUGCGUCGAUUUCCGUCAACAAGGUCUCUUUGUGAUUGAUUUAUCUCUUGUUUCCCCAGUUUCCGCGGAGAUGUUUUUUAUGCGGUUCGAGUCAUUAUCAAAAUGUCGUCAUUUUCUUCCCCAAAUAGAUCUCCAUUGAUCGAAUCGAAUACA